AUGACACCGACCACCAGCACUCCACAAGGAUACUUCAGACGAAGAUCGUCGGAACCCCCUCUCGCAGAUGAUCGACCACCCUACUCAGCUCCUUCCUUCGAGAUCACCAAUAUUGAUCGGCUCCAGGCUGUACAUUACCGCAUCUUAAAACACUAUCAAACUGUCGACCCUCUUACUUUGCUUUCUUGUAUCAAGAGAUCACUAUAA